AUGAGGACUCGCGCGGCAGCAGCAUGGCUGGCGGCAGCAGCCGCCCUCGCCCUCCAGCAAGUAGCCUGGGGUCACGUGCUCAGCCAACAGGACACCAGCCUCAGUUCGCAAAGCAGAGAAACACGAGCCGCGCGGGGUGACCACAUGGAGGAGGACCACAUGGACGAGCACCCGGGCCACGCCAAAUCGGACUCGGCGCUCAGCUACUACGAGUUCCUCAUUAACGAGGGAUCGUACAAGUUCUGGGCGUGGUUCCAGCUGGCGACGGCGGCGCUGCUCAUCUACUCAGUGUUCGCGGCCAUCUACUACUCCAAGUACACGUACUACACCAACGCCUCCGACUACGACUACGACUACUUCUUCAAGCGGUCCGGCGAGCCGGCGUCGGCGGCGCGGUCGGCCCCCACGACACAGAGCUCAACCUUCCUGGGGCUCUCCGCGCAGACCUACCAGAGGAUCCUCGACGCCAUCACCAGCAAGAAUUACUCAUGACCACUUCCCCGCCAAGACCGUGUUCACUACAUGUCAUGAGUAAAC